AUGCCUCGCAAAUAUAAAAAAUAUAUCAAGGCAAUCGAGAAGGAAGUCGAAGCAUUAAAAAAGAAAAGGUCACUAAACGAAAUUAUUUCCGGGGCUGAAAAAGAAGCCGAAUCUGAAGCUUCAAGCAAAAAACAACAGCCUCCACCUAAACUACCCGAAAAACCCUCAGAGAACAAAACACAAGAAACCCUGAACAAAACGCAAGAAGCCCUGAAUAAACUAUUACAUUCUCGGUCUUCAAAACCAAACAACAACAAUACAAAUGUAUUUCUAGUACCGCAAGCACCGCGUCUACCCAAAACACAAGCCGAAAAAGAGACCACGCGUCGACUCAUUGUAGUGUUAGAGCAAGCGUGUCUAGAAACUUAUAAAUUCCGUAAAAGCAAAAAUUAUGAGUUGUUGAAUUGUGACGAUCAUGUCUCGGUGCUGCAGAAAAUGGGUAGAACGCAUUCUGACGCUAGACCGGAUAUCACGCAUCAGUGUUUGAUGCAAUUGUUGGAUAGCCCGCUAAACAAAGCCGGACUGUUGCAAGUUUAUAUUCAUACCGCGAGAAAUGUAUUGAUCGAAGUGAAUCCGCAUGUGAGAAUACCAAGAACUUUUAAACGAUUUUGUGGACUGAUGGUGCAAUUACUUCAUAAACUCAGUAUCAGUUCAGUAAAAGGCAGCGAGAAACUCUUACGAGUCAUAAAAAACCCAAUCACACAGUAUCUGCCAACAAACUGUCACAAAAUAACACUUUCAUAUGACGCAAAAACGGUGCGCCUUAAAGAUUACCUACCCGUCAUACCAUCCGACUAUUCUAUAUGCGUCGCGAUCGGUGCAAUGCCUCACGGUGAAGACAGUUUCGCUGAUAGCUGGGUAGACGAAAAAAUUAGUAUAUCGGAGUACUCGCUGUCUGCUGCGGUGGCGUGUUCUAAAUUUUGUUGCGCUUUAGAGGAUUUUUGGGAUGUUUUAUGA